AUGGGGCGAGGGGCGGCAGCUGGGGCCCUGCUGGUGGCACUGGUGGUGCUGGGAGCCCCCCCGGCUGCGGGCGCGGAGCUCUCGGGAGUGUUCCAGGAGAUGAGAACGAGAGAGUGUCACUUCAUUAUUGGUACGGAGAAGGUGAGGUUCGUGAGGAGGUACAUCUACAACCGGAAGCAGUACAUGAUGUUCGACAGCGACGUGGGGGUGUUCGUGGGAGACACCCCCUAUGGGGAGACACAGGCUCGGUGCUGCAACGGAAUCCCGGAAAUACUGGAGGAUAAUCGGGCUGCGGUUUACACGUUCUGCCGGGCCGGCUGCGAGCUUGCUGCCCCGUUCCUCACGGGGCACCGAGAUGAGCGCGGGGCAGAGCUGCCCCCCAGCGUGUCCAUCUCGCUGGUGCCCCCCUCGAGCUCCCAGCCCGGCCCCGGCCGCCUGCUCUGCUCCGUGAUGGAUUUCUACCCUGCUGCCAUCCAGGUGAGGUGGUUCCAGGGCCAGCAGGAGCUCUCGGAGCACGUGGUGGCCACCGACGUGGUCCCCAACGGGGACUGGACCCACCAGCUGCUGGUGCUGCUGGAAACGCCGCCCCGGCGCGGGCUCAGCUACAGCUGCCAGGUGGAGCACGUCAGCCUGGAGCAGGCCCUGAGGCGGCACUGGGAGAUGCCGCCGGACGCCGCCCGCAUCAAGAUGCUGACGGGCAUCGGGGGCUUCGUCUUGGGCUUCGUCUUCCUGGCGCUGGGGCUCGGCUUCUCCCUGCGCAAGAAGAGCUGCAGCCCCCCCGGCCCCGUCAGCAUCGCCCCCUCCCCACAUCCUGCACUGAGCAGGGAGGGAGAGCUCAACCCUUAUUAG